AUGGAAGGUAGCUCGGGAGCCCGGGGCGAUGCUGAGCACCACCUCAUAGAAGAGCUAUGCGCGUCUUCCACACUGGCAUCGUUCUACAACCUGCUACACGAUGGAGAGAAUGCCGACAUUAUUAUCGUCUGUGGAAAUCGUGAAUUCAAGGCACAUCGCGCAGUCAAGCGCAUCAUCAGAAAGACUGAAUUAAAAGGAGUCGACCCUGAUGUUUUUCAGCGAUUCCUCGAGUUUCUUUACACAGGCACAUACACGGUCGAUGGCGACACAUCUCGAUUCCUCACCACGCCCAGCAUUACAGCAGACAUCGAGUCGCUGUUGAAAGAUUAUCCAGGAUGGCACAAGGCUUCCAGCGAAACGACUGCUCCCGACUCGCCCAAGCGCCCUGUCAGACGAUCAAGUAGGCUGAACUCGACUGCAGAGUCGAUGGACGAGACACCCGACCCCGAUUCCAUGAUGACAACCGAAUCCCCGAUGGCGACCGGAACCACGCCGAAUUCCUCGCUCCCACCCGAGUCCCGCGAAGCUCCUUUCAAAACUCCAUUUCCGCCCGUGAUGGCCAUGUCACUGGAGCUGUACAACCUAGCCUCUGAGUACAACGUGCCCGCCCUUCAACUGCUCGCUCUAGAGCGCUUCCACAUAGCCGCCAAGGACCGUUGGAUCCCUUCCUGGGGGGGCGCUACCUGGGAUGAUACGAAGGAGUUUGAAGACGUUGUCCUUGACCUGUACAAGAUUAGAGACGACCAGCCCAUGUGGAAGGUUAUGAUCCUGCUGAUCAAGUCAAAAGCUUCGACUGGGGACGAUGUCCUGAAGCGUCGAAUGCGCGAGGUCGUGAAGGAACACCAUGAUCUCGUUGAGUGUCGAGAGUUGGUCUGCGACUAGAGGUAGUCACAAAGUUGGGGGGUUUCAUCAUGUUUCCGUCAAUCAAGGUACCUACCGAUGAGUAGCCUAAGAAUAGUCUAAAAGUACUCUGUACACAGUCUGAGAUGGGAGACUU